UGAUUCAUUCACAAUGUUUAUUUAAGCGGAUAAUUAUGAAUUAUUUCUUUUGAGUCAUGCGUACAAAAUUGUCUUGGUUUUAUAUCCGUGUCUCGUAAAUGAUUAAAUUAUGACACGUGUACCCGUUUAUCGCAUUGUACGUGUUUUACGCGAGAGCUCUGGUAUAUUAUAACUGAUAGCGAGCACUAAUUGCAUUGGAAAUAUAAUUACACGUGUGUAUGCCUACUCGUACCAAGGCGUGUGUAAUUUUGUAAAAUCGCCCAGAAAAGGAACAGUUACGCGACGGUGAUCGGAACAUAUCCAACGAUUGAACUAACGUGAUAUUAGUUAUUAGUUACCGCGUUAUCUCACAUAUAAGUAUUAACUCAAGAAAAAAUAAUCACCAAAGCGGUAUUGCCGCUCUGUCAAAAUUGUCUACAAAUGCAUUUUCGUAAUUCUUUUUUAGAAACCCGUCAACUCUAAAUUUCAUGUGCUUUAUUGGAAAAUGAAAACGAUCAUGCGUACAUCCUUGACGAAAAGGAUUAUAUUCCAACAACUUCCUCAUAUAGAACGUCGUUAUGGAUCUACUUCCAGUCCUGAUUCUUGCGGGAUAUUCGACCUCAUCAUCGUUGGUGGUGGCAUCGUUGGCUGCGCCACUGCCCGAGAGAUGAUGAUCAGACACCCUAAUCUAAAAAUGGCAAUCGUCGAGAAAGAAAACUCAUUGGCGAAGCAUCAGACAGGCCAUAACAGUGGCGUCGUGCACGCUGGCAUUUACUAUGUUCCUGGCAGUAUGAAAGCAAAACUAUGCGUGGAAGGUUUAAAACUGUCCUACGAAUACUUCUGCGAACACGACAUACCCCACAACAAGGUUGGGAAACUCAUAGUAGCGCAAAAUCCGGUACAAGUUAAACAAAUAGACGACCUGUACGACCGAGGACUGAAGAACAACGUACCAGAUCUUCAGCUGGUCGAAAAAGAGUGUAUAGCGAAUUACGAGCCUAAAUGUCGAGGGGAAAAGGCUAUUUGGUCACCGUGGACAGGUAUAGUUGAUUGGGCAUUAGUAUGCAAGCACUUUGCUCAAGAUUUUCAAAAGAUGGGCGGCCAAAUAUUCCUAAACUGCGAAGUAACCGGAUUCUCGGAAAUGGGAGAAUCGAAAGGAGGGAACGAAUUGGCUCCCAUUUCAGUACAAUCGAAAAACAAAUGUAUACCAACAAAGUACGUCCUAACGUGUGCUGGGUUACAUUCGGAUCGUUUGGCCGUCAUGACAGGAUGCGACCUAAGCCCACGAAUCGUUCCGUUCCGUGGCGAAUACCUGUUACUACACGAAAAGAAAAGACAUUUGUGUACAACCAACAUAUAUCCUGUCCCAGAUCCCCGAUUUCCCUUUUUAGGUGUUCAUUUCACGCCUAGGAUGAACGGCGAAAUAUGGCUCGGUCCGAAUGCCGUUUUAGCUUUUGCCAGAGAAGGUUAUCGAUGGUUCGACAUAAACGUUAAAGAUUGUAUAGAAAUGGCGAAAUUUCCAGGACUAUACAAACUUUGCUUCCGAUACUUCGUACCGGGAUGCAAAGAAAUUAUUAAAUCGAUUUUCUAUCCACUCGUGGCUAGAGACCUAAGAAAGUUUAUUCCCGAAGUAACCUUCAGGGAUAUAAAAAGGGGUCCGGCGGGAGUUCGAGCACAGGCCUUGGAUAACAAUGGGAAAUUAGUCGACGAUUUUGUUUUUGAUGUAGGAAAAGGUACUAUCGGUAGUAGAGUGAUUCACUGUCGAAACGCACCUUCUCCUGCUGCUACUAGUAGCAUGGCAAUCGCUAAAUUCAUUGCAGAUAAAUUGGAGACUGAUUUCAAGCUUUGAUAAACGAAGUAAUAAACGGGAACAAUGAAAUUAUACUAAAUUUUAUACUCGCGAGAAAUACCUAUUUGAAAAUAAUAUAGAAGCUUUAUAUCUUAUUGAUACCGUAGUAGGCUAAUUUAUUAUUUUCAAGUAAUAUAUGUAUAUAUAUAUAUAUAUACAUAUAUAUGUAUGUAUUGUAUGUACAUGCAUUUACAUUCAAGUCAAUCAUAAAUGUUUAAAAAAUACUUUGAUUAGAUUAAUUUGUAUAUAUGUAAUCGAAUUAAAGUAAUUAAAAUUUUUCA